AUGAACUUCGUCCCUCUGAUUAUUGCUCUUUCCAUUCUGGUCACUCUCACCGUGGCAUUCCCUUUACUGAUGGUUUCUAUUUACGUCGGUUUAUUGAUUUACUACAAUUAUGUGACUCCGGAAAUGCAUCAAGACGUGAUGGAUUUUGUGGAGAAGUCUUGUGAAGCAGUCCGUCAGACGUGUGCUCCGUAUUGCCCUCCGGUCGACGAAACUAUGACUCGGAGUGGAAUCGAGAGGGCUCGGAGGCAGUACAUGGAUCAUUGCAAUGGAGUCAAUCGGAGCAGCUCGGAGGAGGAAAAAGACGCCAAGUUGUUGUUGACCUACCAAGUUCCCAUUCUGACCCGAUAUUACGAGUCUAUCAUCCAGUUUUUCAAAAGGUGAACUUCUUCUUUUUCUAGGCAUCCGCUUCUUAUUGUUUUGCUUCUCCGUUUCUUUUUGUCUCUAGAGAUUUGGAAGAAUACUAGCUCAGAAUUUAGAAUUUCUUUUUUCGGAAUUUUUUCAGUGUAUGUAUCUUUUCUAGCUCUGUUGAGUAAUACUUUUUCUUUUUUUCCUUUUCUUUUUCUCAUAAGUUAUAAUAAAUGGAUGAUGACAAAUAAUCGAGAAAUGUAGCAAAAAGUAUUUGUUCGCACCAAUUCUUCAACAGGACUGCUUGUCAAUCUGAAAAAGAAGACAAAUUUAGCGCGCGACAUCGGGUCGGCAGGAUGAUUCAUUAUGAGUAAACAUUAUGCGUGGAAGCGCAGCGCCCCCACAGUCCGACCCAGACAAAAUAUCGUCCCCGGCGUAUUUGUGAAUCCGCGGUACACUGCAUUUCAAAUUGCCAUCUUGCUUGGCACACCCACAUUUCGUAAGCACUACUUUUUUCGUUGUUGAAGCGAAAUGGCAAACAAAUUGUAGAGCAUCUGGUCAAGUUGAGACAUCUGGCGAUGACGAAAUGA